AUGAGUUACCUUGUGGCCGAUGAUCCCAACAUACCUGCUGUUACCGAAGACAAAUAUGAAACGAAAGAUUACCAGCAAGACGGGCUCAAUCACAACAAAGAUGAUCUUAAUGAGGGUGCCGUCUCCCCGGCGAACAGUAUAGGCGGCUUGCACCGUAGCCUUGGGAACCGCCAAAUUCAGCUCGUCGCUAUUGGAGGCUCCAUCGGUACCGGCCUGUUCAUUGCCAUCGGAACAGGUCUAUACAAGGGCGGACCGGGAAGCUUGCUUCUCGCCUUCAUCAUCGAGUCUCUCAUGGUCGGCAUGCUCAAUAACUGUCUCGCAGAGAUGACGACCUACAUGCCCGUAAGUGGUGGGUUUAUUCGACUGGCAGGCUACUGGGUAGAUGACGCCUGGGGAUUCAUGGCCGGAUGGAAUUUCUUUAUCUAUAUGGCUCUGACAGUGCCGUUCGAGAUCUCGGCAGUAAACGUACUCCUGGAGUACUGGCGGGAUGACAUUCCUGUUGUUGCGGUGUGCUUGGCUUGUAUAGCAGCUUACGCAGUCAUUAACUUGCUUGCCGUUGGUACCUACGGCGAGGCCGAAUUUUGGCUCUCUAGUGGGAAAGUCAUUUUGAUCUUUAUCCUAUUUUUGUUCACAUUCAUUACCAUGGUCGGCGGUAAUCCGAAAGGCGAUGCGUAUGGAUUCCGCUACUGGAAAAACCCCGGGACAUUCGCUGAAUAUGCCUCUGGAGGAGACCUUGGCCGUUUCGAAGGGUUCCUUGGCGCCUUAUGGAUUGCUGUUUUCACCGUCGUCGGACCGGAAUACAUCUCCACGGUAGCAGCAGAAGCCAAGCACCCCCGUAUAUACAUUAAGAAUGCCUUCAAGACCGUCUACUGGCGUUUUGGUGUCUUCUUUGUCGGGGGCGCUUUGUGCGUUGGCACCCUUGUCGCCUACAAUGACCCUACCCUCGUUGCAGCCUUAGAAAGCGGAGAAUCGUCUGCUGCCGCAUCACCUUAUAUCAUUGCCAUGCAGAACCUCGGGGUCAACGUUCUCCCUCACAUCGUCAGUGCCCUGAUGGUCACAACGGUGUUCUCUGCUGGAAACACUUACACCUAUGCUGCAACCCGCGCGCUGCAUGGAAUGGCGGUUGAGGGUCGGGCGCCACGGUUCUUCUCCAAGACUGAUCGACGAGGUGUGCCCAUAUAUAGUUUCAUCGUGGUUAUGGCAUUUGCGUGUCUCUCGUUGCUGCAACUGUCCGGCAGCGCGAUGCAGGUGUUAGAGUGGCUUAUCAGCCUCACAACGGCCAAUAUCCUGAUCGACUAUAUUAUCAUCACGACGACCUACAUCUGCUUUUAUAACGCCUGCAAGGCACAGAAUUUCGAUCGAUCGAAGCUACCCUAUACGGGACAGUUCCAGCCUUAUUGUGCAUAUAUCGCACUGGUCUGGAUGGUCCUGAUGGCUCUUUUCUUUGCCUACCGGAGCUUUACACCGUGGAAUACCGCGAACUUCUUCCUCGGCUAUACCAUGGUCUUGUUGGCGCCUGUCACAUUCAUUGGCUGGAAGGUCUACAAAAGAACCCGAUGGUUGCGGCCCAGUGAGGUCGAUUUGAAGUGGGAGGCAGGUCUCAUCGCGGCGUACGAGGAAGUCGAGAUGGAGCAGCCGAUUGGAUUUUGGGCAGAAAUGCUGAGGCUUCUGGAUGUACGGAGGUUGUGUGCUCGAACAACGACAAGUGGCCCAGCUUGA